CAGAGUCGCAGGCAGCCGUCGCGCCGCGCAAUCUAACGUCGAACGCGCUACCGAUAGCUCGCAUCCAAAUCAAUACGACAGAAAAAAAAUUUUCGAAUCCGAGUGCACAUAAUAAAAAUCAAAGCGUUUCAUUCUACUACAUUAGUUGCUGCUUUUAAUUUUAAAAACACAAUGUCGCCGGUAUGCUGAAAAACAAAUGAACAUUUCGGUGAAAAGUUGUCAAAAUGACGUUACGGGUCGAAGUACCCGGAGAAAAAGUUGUGAACGUAGAUCCGUGCAAGUGUAACAAGUCCUAUGGUACAGAACUCGUAAAAACAGAAACGAAAAUCAGUAAGCGUGUAAAGGAAUUCAUAAAGACAUCAUGGGCGUUCAGAUCGAAAAUUACCGUUGAACCUUUCGUCAUUUGUUAUAUCCUGCCGAGCGUUCUCGCCGGGUUGGCUGUGCAAAAUUUAUGCUUAGAGAAAUCAUGUCUAGUGAACCUGCAGUACGACGAGCGGACCUGUCGACAUAUAAUGCAAGGCCGCACACACAACUACACGGAACAAGAAAAGAAUGUACAGAUCCAGGUGACAGGAAUGACAGCUUGGAGUUACCCCUUACAAACAGCGCUACCUGGUAUACUAGCGUUAUUCGUCGGCGCCUGGAGCGACCGCACCGGUAACAGAAAAGCGUUCAUGGUCCUGCCUAUACUUGGAAAAUUAAUCUCCAUCGCUGGGAUCAUUCUGAGCACAGUAUUCUUCCUGCAAAUCGGCAUGAAUGAAACUGCCUUAAUAGAAGGUCUACCUCCAGCGUUAGCCGGUGGAAGGGUUGCCAUGACAAUGGCAAUUUACAGUUAUAUCACGGAUAUAACUAGUGAAUCUGAACGGACUUUUCGCUUAGGCAUCGUGACAGCUGUGCUGACUCUCGCUAGGCCCGUAGGUCUAGCCCUAAGUGGAUAUAUGACGAAAAGGCUCGGUUACUACGGUGUAUUUUCAGUAGCAAGUGCGUUUUACCUUACCGGUUUCGUGUACAUAAUUGUGAGACUGAAAGAGAAAACGAAAAAGACUGUUGACGAUGGUGACAAACAAAGUGUACUUAUGUUGUUCUCUUUGAGUGAUUUGGUGGCAACAUUAAAGGUCGGCUUCAAAUCACGUCAAGGGACAAAGCGUAUGCAAAUAAUUUUAAUCUUGUUUGCGUACAUGUUCAUCGUUGGACCAGUUUUAGGUGAGGCGCAGAUGACCUACUGGUUCACACGGUACAAGUUCAAAUUCACCGAGGUGGACUACAGCUUGUUCCUAACUUACUCCGUCCUCGUGGGAAGUGUUGGUUCCUUCGUCACAAUUUACCUGUUCAGCAAGAGGUGGAAGAUUGAAGACAGCACAAUAGGCGUGGUGGCUUGCAUCAGUAGGAUAGCUGCGAGCGUGGUUUACGCUUUGGCCCCAAAUAGGACAGUUUAUUUUCUCGGACCAGUUCUGGAUAUGUUCAGCUCAGCUGGAGCAACUUCCCUGAGAUCUAUGGCCACGAAACUGGUUGGCGAUGACGAAAUCGGUAAAACAAGCUCUCUAAUUAGUAUAUCGGAGGCAUUGGUGCCAGUGGUAUACUCUCCUGUGUACAGUAAAGUGUACCUCACCACGUUGUCUUCGUUCGCUGGCGCUUUCUACCUCAUCAGUGCAUCGCUCGCGGUUCCUGCUAUAGUCAUAUUAAUAAUAUUACUCAACCUCAACAAGCGAGAGAAGCGCGUGGUUCCCGGACCUGACGCCGAGAGCAAGCCCAAGGAGAAUGAGACCACGCGGUUUUGACAGACCUACCUAUUAUUUAUUGUUAAGAUUCCAUGUUACCUGUAGUUUACGAAAAAUCUCAAUAAAAUUAAGAUUUUUAAUUAACCGUGUGUUUUAUUAAAUACUAUGAACUUUAUGGCAAAACUAAAGUACUUAAAAAAAACAUAAAUUCAAAAUUAAAUCACUUAAUUAAAACAACAAAGAUAUAUAUUAAAAAAACUAAGAAUACGAAUUUAUUUAUUUAUUACAAAUAAGUUUUAAAAGCUAACAUAUGUUUUCAUUCAAAAAGCUUAAAAGAUUAGAUUAUGGCGAAAAAAAUAUAAUGAAUAAAAAAUAAUAUUAUAACAAGAAGAAAUAACAAGAAUGCAAUAGAAAAAUAGAAAGAAAAAGUCAUUGUUAAUCUACAAAUUAAUAAUUGGAAUUCCACUAAUACAUAAAAUCAGUUCAAAAAAAUAUUAUGUCAAGUUGUCAAGUUAUAUAAAAAAAAAUAGAUUUACCGGGAUUAUGUUAAAUUGUCAUUUUGGAAUUUUCAAAAAUAUAAAUAAUAAAAAUGUAGAGCAAAUAUGUGCCCGAUAACACGUAUUGCACGUUUAGCGUGGUUGGUGUCUUGGUGCAACUAGCCCCGCGGAGAGAUUUCACGAGAUUUUAAUAAGAGUUAAGA